UUAAUCUUGCCGUCGCGGUACAAACACGAUCUCAGCAAAAUCACACGUUUGCAAAUUACAUCAGCUCUGAGACCACGUGCUGCAGAAAGUUUCAAAGAUGAGGAAUCAAGAUAAUAUACUGAUCCGACUGAUCUGCAUUUGCCCGUUUCUAUUUAACGUAUGCAUCAAUGCUCAUAAUAAUGAUAACAACAAUGAUAUGCCGAUGGUAACAAUACAAAAUGGCACGCUAGUGGGUACGAUAAUGCGCUCCAGACUUGGGAGAGAAUUCAACGCGUUUCGUGGAAUUCCUUACGCUCGACCACCAGUUGACAAACUAAGAUUUAAGCCUCCGCAACCUAUGGUCGCAUGGAACGGCGUACGAAUGGCUGUGAAAGAUGCCGAAGUGUGCACGCAAAGGAACAUUUACACGUAUCAGAAAGAAAUUGUUGGAGGCGAGGAUUGCCUUUAUCUGAACGUUUACGCGCCUCGUAUGCCGUCUCCGCAAGGUUAUCCGGUUAUGUUCUGGAUUCACGGAGGUGGAUGGGUUACCGGUGCCGGCCACUCGGAAUAUUAUCAUCCUAAAUACUUGCUGGACCACGAUCUCGUUCUCGUCACCAUAAACUUUCGAUUGGGACCACUGGGCUUCCUAAGCACGCAGGAUGAAGAGUGUCCAGGAAACUUAGGACUAAAGGAUCAGGCGCAGGCCAUGCGAUGGGUGCAGGAGAACAUCGCUGCCUUCAACGGCGAUCCAAACAACGUGACCAUUUUCGGUGAAAGCGCCGGCGGUGCAAGCGUUCACUAUCAUAUGAUCAGCUCUCUUUCGCGAGGUCUUUUCCAUCGCGGCAUUUCGCAGAGCGGUACUUUCUAUUCUCCAUGGACCAUAAUGUCGCAAGAAUCCGCUAAGAAGAAGCUCGAACUAUUGGGUAGUCACUUAAACUGUCCAGUCAAUACUACUUCCAAGGACCUUCUCGAAUGUCUGCGACUAAAAACUCCACAAGAAAUUAUUGGCACUGAUCGCAUAUUUCAGACAUUCGGUUACUGUCCGAUGAUACCAUUCAGGCCGGUGAUCGAACCCGAUCAUCCAGGUGCUUUUCUGACGGAGGAUCCUUUGAUUUCUGUAAAAAAAGGCCGCCUUGCUGACAUACCUUGGAUGACGGGAGUUACUUCGGAGGAGGGAGCUUUGAAAGUAGCAGGUCUGUACGGGCGGUUCAGAGACGAUAUAAAAAGACUGAACAACAAUUUCAUGGAAAUUGCACCCUCGAGUUUGAUGUACCAGCAAAAAUAUAAUCUCACCGAUAGCGACUUUCAAAACGAGAUAAGCGGAAUGAUCCGACGCAAGUACUUCGGUGACGGUGACAUCGACGAGUCCGAGAAAUCCAGGUUCGGGCUCAUUAAUUUGUACAGUGACGCCUGGUUCACUCAUGGCACUUACAGCGCCAUACGCGACCUUACGGAGCUCCAAACUUCACCGAUUUAUUAUUAUUAUUUUGCGUACAGAGGGAGCGCGUCUUUUAGCCAGAUAUUCGGCGAUUCCACUAAGAAUUACGGGGUGGUGCACGCGGAUGAGUUGCAAUAUCUGUUUCCCGUGCGUGAUCAACUGUUUAAAGACACGCUACCAAACGAGAUGGAUUACGUCAUGAUCGAUCUUAUGACCACUCUCUGGUACAAUUUUGCAAAAUACGGAAAUCCGACGCCGAAUGUCACGUCGUUGAUCACCGAGAUAUGGAAACCGGUGCAAACAACCGAUCUCUACCGGAUGGAAUGUUUUCACAUACGUAACCCGUCCGGUCAAAUUAGCAAUCUUCCUACGGACAGAAUAAUGUUCUGGAAUAUGCUAGAAGAGAAAAUAAAAGCAAGAGCUAAUGCACAGGAAAGAUUAAACGAUGAAUUGUAAGUUAAUCGUAAAAUUGAUUGUGCAAGCAUCAGAGUGAGUACAGGCAGGAGCGUUUUACACGUGAAGUUGCACCAAUAACGCUUCAAUAAUAUUUUAACAUUGAAAACUUCACAUAAAUAAAGACGCUUCUGCUUGUAAAUGUACAGAUAAAAAAAGCAAAGAGAAAUAUUGCAUGAAGUGUUCAAUUCUAGAAACUAGUUACAAAAGUAAGGUUUGCUUAUUUUUAACUAAAAUAUUUAAUACUUAUUUAAUUAGAAAAAUUAUUAACGUGCGAAGUGUAUGUGCAAUCUAUUAUAUAUUCAUGAUAUUAUACAUUCAUGAUAUUAUACAUA